UAAGGUCGAAACGGUCGAACUCCAGUGAAAAUAGGAUACAUUGUUUCCAAACUAUCACUGUAUGUUACAGACGACCCAGACGGAGAAAAUGGCUGGCGGAGUCGAGUACGUGAUUUUCUGUCACGCUCCCGGCUGGUCAACAUUGUCCAGGGGACCGUCGUCAUGGCAACGUUGUUAACAUCUCUAGCACUCAUCCUGGUGCAAAUCAUCACUCCAAAUCCGGAUUUUGAUGUGCUCGUUAGCCGAUCAGCACUGGUCGGCCGUCUUCAGAAACAAGUGUUCAUCCUCGGGAAUCGUCUUGAAAACCGCGAAGCUGCCGUCAGGCGUCUGGAGGACGCCAUCUCCACCCUUAAGGAACAAGCUGAGAGCCAAUCAGGAUUCGUCGAUCCUCAAGAAAACAAAGUAUCUGUCUCCGAGAAGCGACUUGACAACAGCUCAGUACUGGUCAACAACAGGUCAGCGCUGGUCAACAACAGGUCAGCGCUGGUUAACAACAGCUCAGUACUAGUCAACCAUCUGGUGGACCGUCAAAUCCUCACCCAGAACCACGCUGCACUGGCCGACCAGUUCAAGAACGCGACAGGAGAGGGACCUACUACUCGUAGGUACCAUCCAGACGUAGUCCACCUAUUGGAGAACCGGGUAUCGAGCCUUGAGGAACGGUUUGCAAACCACUCGGCAGUUCCCAAACCUUUUUGGGACCGAGUAUUGACCCUUGAGGAACGCUCUGACAACCAUGCAGCCCUGAUGGGAACUUUGAAGAAGAAGAUAAUGGUCCAUGAUGAUCGCGAUAAGAGCUGCUCAACACUGGUCAACCUUCUUGAGAACCGCGUGUCGACCUUUGAGGAACGUCUAGAGAACAACUCAGCGCUGGGCAGCCAUUUGAAGAACGAGCUCUCAACCCUUGAGGAACGCCUUAAGAAUCGUACAGCACUGGUCGGCCGUUUGAAGGAACAGCUAUCGAGCCCAAACCAAGCUGCGCUGUUAAGCCGCCUGGAACAACAAGUGUUGACCCUGGAGGGACACAGCAAGACCCGCUCAGCGCUGACCAGACUUCUGGGGGUCCAAGUAUCGACCCUUGAAGAACGUCUCGAAAGCCGAUUGGCACUGGACAGUCGUCUGGAGAACCAAGUAUCGAUCCUUGAGCAACGCCUGGAAAACCGCGAAGAACUGUCCAGCCAGUCAGCCCUUGGUCUUGACCCGGACAAGAAGCAAACAGCCCAUGACGAUGUGCAAUCAACAAAAUUCCAACAGUCGAACCUGAUGAUGAAGGCUGACUCGUGCAGCAAAGAAGGGCAGGUUUUCCACCUGCAGUCUCCAAAGGGCAAGUAUCAGUAUAGCUUUGAUGAAGCUCGCCAGGCAUGUGCCGAACAUGGCGCCGUCCUGGCAUCCCUAGACCAGCUGUACGUCCACAGACCGGAUGGGUAUUGGCUCUGUAAGUGUGGAUGGAUGUCUGACGCCAGAGCUGGCUUAGUCAUGUACAACGCCAGGUCGGACUGUCUGAAUAAGAAAGGAUUUCACCAGUGUACCCGCCAUACGGCCUACAACGCCUGGUGCUUCUGCCGUGCCGACAGUCGGCACUGAAGACAGCAGGCGGUACGGGUGAUGGAAUGAACAAAAGUACAAGUGGCAGCAGUUCGUGUUGCCUGCCACAAUGCAAUUGUCAUGUAGUGUUUACUUAAUCUCAAAGCAGAUCCUACAAUGGCAUAAGAUAGUACCAAACUGGCCAAGGAGUGUAGUUAGCCAAGAGGUAGCGAAACACACUCCUAA